UUUAGUUGACCAAAUUGAACGGCUGGGGUUGAGUGAAAAAGAAAUACGAUCCCGUUGAAGCAGGGCAGCAGGAAAAACAGCUCGAAAAGAGAAAGCAAUGUUGAUAGCACCGGCGGGUUUAAUCCCAAUUUCGUCAUCGAUUUCUUCGGCAAAUCACUGUCCUCGUUUCAGAUUCUCCUCUUCCAAGCAAUAUAUUCCCUUUCUUGUCACUGCAGGAAUGAUGAGAGAUGAUCCAAUUCGUGAGUGGAUACUCUCAGAAGGCAAUGCAACAAAGAUUAAAGGAGUGAGGUCAAUUGGUGGUGGGUGCAUCAACGAUGCUAGCUGCUAUGACACUGAUGCUGGUCCCUUCUUUGUAAAAUCAAACAGGAGCUUUGGACCAUCAAUGUUUGAGGGAGAGGCUGUGGGCUUAAAUGCCAUGCUAGAGACCCGCUCAAUUCGGGUCCCUAAACCGUAUAAGGUUGGGUCUCUUCCAACCGGUGGUUCAUACUUCAUAAUGGAAUUUAUCGAGUUUGGUGCAUCUAAACGUGAUCAGUCUACAUUAGGAAGGAAACUGGCUGAAAUGCAUAAAUCAUCCAUGUCUGAGAUGGGUUUUGGUUUUCAUGUUGAUAAUACUAUUGGAAGUACCCCACAGAUAAACAAUUGGACACAAGAUUGGAUAGACUUCUAUGCAGAGCAUAGAUUGGUUUACCAGCUACGGUUAGCUCGUGAACAUUAUGCAGACUCAACAAUUUACCAGAAAGGACAAAAGCUGGCAAGGAAUCUAAGGCUUCUUUUCCAGAAUGUUGUAAUAGAGCCAUGCUUACUUCAUGGAGAUUUAUGGAGCGGCAAUAUCGCCUAUGACAAGAAUGGGGAACCAGUGAUUCUUGACCCAGCAUGCUAUUAUGGACAUAAUGAGGCAGAGUUUGGAAUGUCGUGGUGUGCUGGAUUUGGAGCCGCUUUUUACAAUGCCUACUUUGAGGUCAUGCAUAAACAGCCUGGUUUUGAGGAAAGGAAGGAUCUUUAUAUGUUGUAUCAUUACUUGAAUCACUAUAACAUGUUUGGUUCUGGAUACCGGUCGUCUGCCAUGUCCAUAAUAGAUGAUUAUCUCCACAUGCUAAACUUAUAGUCUGUCAACAUUUUCUUGUAUAUAAGGAGGCGACGUUUUGUAUUGCGAAAUCAUAAUCUAAUUCAGUAGUACUUACCUUUCUGAUGUAUUCAAUUUAUAAUAUGGCUGUUCAUAUCAAUAAUGCAUGUAUGAUCAAUCAUCAAUUUGAAUGGAUUUAAGUCGAAA